AUGGCGUUGCUUCGCCUUCUACGUCCUUCAACAGUAAUGUUGAAUGCAAAAGGAACGCUAUUGCCUGCUUCUCGUCUAUGUCGAAAGAGGAUGCAUAAAUUAGCUACUGUAGGGGUUUUAACAUCACCAAAGGUCGAUGACCAUUAUCAACCUGGACAAUUGUUCCUUCAUCGGUUCUUUGGCUAUCGUGGUGUCGUGUUAUAUCGAUGGCCAGCUAACUUAUAUGAUAGAGAUGAAGAAAAUAUUGUUCAUACUAAAGAAAAGGAAGGAGAUCAUCAACCUGAAAAAGCAAUUUAUUAUCAAGUUCUAGUUGACCAACGAGAUGCCCCUCAUGUUAAAAUGCAACGUGACAGUAUUACGUUCCUAGGAAAUAGUGCAGAAGAACCGCUAUAUUCUUUACCAGGAUUCGAUUACUUAAGUCACGAUGACGUCCUACCUUAUAAAACUGUGGAUAAGCAACCAAUUAAACAUAACUUUUUCAAUAAAUUUUUUGAAGUUGAUGAAAGAAAUGGUUCGAUAUCUUUCAAUCCAAGAGAGUCCCUGAAAUCAUGGCACGACAAAAAUCAUCAUUUUUUGGAAUUGUCAGCUGUUUACCGUUGCGUCACUAACGAUCUACGAGUUACUGUAUUACCAUUCUAUAUGGGAUCUAGGAAUUUUGUUACCAAAGAGGAAGAUGUACACUAUUAUUGGCAUUCUAAUUAUAAGAAAUGUUUACAGUGGAGGUACUGCGUGAGAAUUGAAAAUCUAGGGACUAUCCCUGUUAGAUUGAUUAAUCGCCAUUGGAUUAUACGAAGCGGUAAUAAUUUAGAAGAAGUACACGGACGUGGUGUUGUUGGGAUGGUAUGCUAUAAUCGCUACUUUAAUCCUUUUUUAGCUUUACGUAACAAUAACAAGAAAUAG